AUGGAGGAAACACUUACAUGGUGGAAUGAACACUUGUUUGGUGGAGCCAAAGAACUGGUAACAUGUGUUAUACCAGAUGCCCUGUCUUAUUAUGUGGUUGAUAUUGGAAAUGAAAUGGGAGUUCCAGUUAUUCCCUUUGACACCCUUAGCCCCUCCUGCGUUUGGGUUUACAUGUAUCUGCCAAAACUCAUCGAAUCUGGCGAGCAUCCCUUCAAAGACAAUGACUUGGAUGCAUCGGUAACACAUAUACCUGCCAUGGAAGGUCUUCUUCGCCGACGAGAUCUUCCACACUUUUGUCUCAUGGAUUAUUUAGACAGGCCUUUUCUUUCUUGUAUUCACUCUUACUCUCCUAAAACAUAUGCAAUUGGGCCAGUACACUUGCACUUAAAGGCUAAACUUGCUUCAAAAAACACUCCAUCUUUGCCCUUCUCAAAUAGUUUGUGGGAAGAAGAUCAUAGUUCUAUUAAAUGGCUUGAUGCGCAGCCCAUGGGAUCAGUACUGUAUGUGAGUUUUGGAAGUGUUGUAGUUGUAUCAAAGGAGGAAAUUUUGGAAUUUCAACAUGGCCUAUUGAAUAGUAAAGUUAAAUUUUUGUGGGUCAUGAGGCCCAACAUUUUGAAGGGAGGCAAAUCAGACGUUCAAUUUAUGAAGGAACUUGCAGAGGGUUGCAAGGGAAAUGGCUACAUAGUGAGUUGGGCUCCACAAAAGAUGGUACUGGCCCACCCAUCCAUUGCUGGAUUUUUAACACAUAGCGGGUGGAAUUCAACAUUGGAAAGUAUCUGUGAGGGAAAGCCCAUGAUAUGCUGGCCAAAAUAUGUGGAUCAGAGAGUCAAUAGUAGAUUAGUAAAUGAAUUAUGGCAAAUUGGGAUGGACAUGAAGGACAUAUGUGAUAGAUCAACUAUAGAGAGAAUGAUAAAGGAUCUGAUGGAAAUAAAAAGAGACGAGUUGAAGAAAUCAAUUGAGAAAUUAUCAAAGUUGGCAAAACUAAGUGUUGGAGAAGGAGCUUCGUCGUACAAUAACCUCGACAGUCUCAUUGAUGACAUCAAGGAGUUGGCUAGAACUAAAGAAAAUGAAAACAUAAGAACGUGA